AUGACAAAUAUUGGUCUUAUGAUCUACUACCUAGGGAUUGGAAUCAAACAAGGAGAAGAUAGAAUCUUUGUGAGUCAAAAGAAGUUUGCCAAAAAGAUUCUCAAGAAGUUCAAAAUGGAGGGUUGUGCAAAAGUGAACAUUCUAGUUAAGUAUGAAGUGAGGUUGUCAAGGAAUGAUGAAGGAGAGAAGAUAAGCUCUACAACAUUCAAAAGCCAAGUUGAGAAUUUGAGAUAUUUGGAAUGCACUCGUCCAGAUAUUCUCUUUGAAGUAAUACUUAUGAGUAGGUUUAUGAAGACACCAACUAUGACACAUCUUAAAGCAUUGAAGCGAAUUCUUCGAUAUAUCAAAGGUACCAUAGGUUUUGGCUUAUUCUAUAAUUACUCUAAUAACUUUGAUCUUGUGGGCAUAGUGAUAUUGAUUGGACCGAAGAUAUAG